AUGACAGUCAUCUGUUUCGAUGGGCUCAUAGGUUCGUCCAGUCUGCAAGAUGUACUGCGAGGACUCGCUGACUUUGUGCUGCUCAAGGUGCUUUACAACGAGUGCAUGUCAGGUGGCAAUGGCAGGCUGGAUGCAACAGCAGAAUCCGUCAUUUCGGAUACUACCCACGUCCCCCGAAUUCAGGAGAACGGGGAAUCAAAUGGGGCCGCGAGCAACUUUCCCAACCCAGCAGAAGCUGAUCAGUCAAUUCUUUCAAAUGGGACUUUCCCGUCAACCCGACCGGAUAACUUGCUGCCCUAUGCGGCUACCGGUGCGCUUCCUGGAGGAGACGUGGAAGCAGCCGGAUUGGUGCCUCGAUCUAACGGUCAUGCGCCGCCACCGUUCCCGACUCCAAGCCCCGGUGCAGUCACUCUUGGCGGUCUGGAUGUGGCACAACUCGCGGGUCUUUACCAACAGAUUAUGGAUCCCGUGACGUUAACUAAUUUCAUAAUGAAUUCUACCGCAGCCGCCACCGCUCCUGCCAAUAAUGGCCAGAGUCAUUACCUGCCCUCGAUGUACUCUAAUUCCACAACGGUUGCACAGAUCCAGCCUGUUCAACAACAGGUUGAGAAUGCCUGUUCACCCAUAUUGACGAUUCCAUCUGAAACCUCUUCGAUCACAACUCCAUCGCCGGCUGCGGUGAUUCUUCCCUCAGUAUGGCAAAAUCAAGCUCCUACGAUAAACGGUAAUGCCGGACCGUCCAGCACCAGUGCGGUUGCGGCGCUUGGCGCAUUUUACGAGGCCAUGAGAAAUCAGCCUAUGGUGGUACAACCCACCGCCUUUCCGCAACCAUCAGCAUCUCCCGGAGGUUUCCAUUUUGAUCCGGCUGCAGCACAAGCCUUGGCGCUUAUAAUGGCGCAGCAAAACUCACAGCAACUCCUGCUGCAGCAACAACAGCAGCAACAGUUCUCCGCAAAUUUAGUUCAGAAUCCCCAUUUUUCCCCAAAUGGGGUUAUGCUAUCCACAUUACCAGGCAUUACUCCUAACGGCGCAGUUGCUCGACCAUCCGCGCUCAGCUAUCCGCAGUUUGGAUUGAGUGCAGCGGGUAUUCAAAACCUCGCCCAAGUGUUGGCAGCUCCUCUUCACCAACGACCGGUUGGGCGUGAGCAAAUGCCAACUGGCCCUGAAGGCAGCAAUUUGUUCAUUUAUCACCUCCCGCAAGAGUAUGGCGAUAUGGACCUGGUGAAUCUGUUUUCGUCGUUUGGACAAGUGAUAAGUGCGAAAGUGUUUGUGGAUAGGGGAACAAACCAAAGCAAAUGCUUUGGCUUUGUGAGCUACGAUAACCCUGUUAGUGCCCAGCGAGCAAUCGCUGAGAUGAAUGGUUAUUCAGUGGGUCCGAAGCGAUUGAAGGUUCAGUUAAAACGUCCCAGAGGUGAGUUUGGUGUGUAG